AUGGGUUCCUUAGGUGACCAUCACCAUAAGGCUUUCGAUAAAUCUAGCGACGUCCCAGCCGAUAUGCCAAUCAUCAACUAUGCAAAGCUGCUGGAUAGUAGCCGUGGCAAGCGGAAGGAUGAGUUUGAAAAGUUGGAUAAGAGUUUAAGGACGUAUGGGUUCUUCUAUCUCUCAGAUCACAGCAUCUCCCAGGAUCUUGUGGACGAAGCCUUCAGAUGGUCGAAGCGAUUUUUUGAUCUCCCAGUCGAGAUCAAGGAGAAAGUGGCGCACCCUGCUAGUGGAGCCAUUGAAGAUCACCGCGGCUGGGCCCAGGACGGGCUUGGACACGUCAGUCAGCUAGUCUUCGACGCAGAUCAGGUGAAACAAUUGCGUGUCACCUCUCCAGAGUGCAAGGAGACUCUCGAGAUGGGGAACCCGCACCCUAAUAGUUUCAGCCCACCCAACCGUACCCUACCAGACGAUGACCUCCCCGGGUUCAACAGUUUUGUAGAACAGUGGUGGGACGAGUGCACCCGCCUUGAGCGAUCACUUCUACACAUCCUUGGGCAGGUUCUUCAGCUGGAAGAUGACACUCUGCUCUGCCAGCUCCAGUCCAAGGAUGUCUGUCACAUCAGCUGGGCGUUCUAUCCCUCUAUGCCGAUUGCGCCGCUGACAAACAAUAUGCAGAGGCGCUUGAAUGCUCACACCGACUUUGGUAGCCUUACUCUGCUCUUUCAAGAUAUGGUGGGUGGCCUGGAGGUACAUGAUGGUAAUGAUUUCAAGCCCGUUGUCCCAAAACGAGGAACAGUCGUCUGUAAUGUCGGCGACAUGCUCGAAAGGCAAACGAAUGGUCGGUGGAAGAGCGCCCUGCACCAGGUUGCGGCUCCUAAGGAGGUCAUGAUACAGAAGAGCUUCGAGCCGAAUAAAUCCGUGGUUGAUAGAUAUUCUAUCAUCUAUUUUGGGCUUGCAGAUCCGGAAGCUAUGAUAGAAAGUUUUCCGGGCUGCGAGGAGUCUGGAAAGUGGAAGCCUACCAUGGUCGGAGAUUGGGACGAGAGAAUGACUUCGGCUCAGUGGCUCCAGAAGCGGCUAGCAUUAGAGUAUUGA